AUCAAAAUAGGAAAGAACAUUACUACCUUUUGGGUCAAAUACACACAUUUAUGAACCAAGCCAGAAAAUCACACUAGAAAACCAAUCGGUGCAAAUCGGAAAACGGAUUCGUUCAUGCUAAAAUUCAUCGGAAUACUCUGAUCAUCAUAGUUUCAUCCAUAUAUUCCAUGGAUUUUGAGGUGGAUGAUGAUGUUAAUGGUGAGGUGUUAGUUAGUUCUGCUGACAUGGAAGGCAGGACUAUUGAUGAUGAUGAUGUUGAUGGUGAUGGUGAUGGUAUGGUAGGAUGUUCUAUUGGAGGGAUGUUUCAGGACGAUCAUGAUAUCAAAAUUGACCAAGAUGAUGACGAUGAUGAUGAUGAUUCAGAAAGAGGUUUAGAUCCGUUAGAUCUACCUCAUUCAGUCGACGCCUCACUUUCAGGGGAAGAGCCGUAUAUAGGGCAGGAGUUUGAAUCGGAAGCAGCAGCACACGCGUUUUACAAUGCGUAUGCUACACGUGUGGGAUUUGUGGUCCGUGUUAGCAAGCUUUCUAGGUCAAGGCGUGAUGGAAGCGCGAUUGGGAGAGCUCUUGUGUGCAACAAAGAGGGGUUUAGGAUGCCGGAUAAGCGUGAAAAAGUUGUUAGACAAAGGGCGGAGACAAGGGUUGGUUGUAGAGCGAUGAUUUUGGUUAGGAAAGUAAGCUCGGGAAAAUGGGAAAUUACUAAAUUUGUUAAGGAGCAUACGCACCCGUUGACACCUGGCAAAGGGCGUAGGGACUUGAUAUAUGACCAAUAUCCGAACGGACAUGAUAAAAUUCGGGAACUUUCACAACAGCUGGCAAUAGAGAAAAAAAGAACCGCAACAUACAAAAGACACCUGGAAAUGAUAGUCGAGCACAUUGAAGAACACAAUCAGUCUUUGUCAAAGAAGAUUAAAGACAUUGUAGACAAAGUGAAGGAAAUGGAGUCCAAAGAGAUGGAAUCUCAUAGAUAGCUUUUCUGUUUUUAUUGAUAAACAGAAAAAAAAAAAAAAAACAAAUAUUUAGAGACUGGUAUCAUUUUUGGUGUUGCUUGUUAGUUGCAACUUUGGCCAUAGGUAUACGUUUUUUACAAAUUUUAUUUCAAGUUAGUUUUGUAAAGUUUUGAAUGUUACAGGGAAUUCAAAAAUGUUUAUUUGG